GACCCAUGCUAUAACCAGCCACCCAGCCUAUACAUUUAUUGGACGCUGGAUCUGAGCUGUUUGGGCGACUCAUUUAUUAGAAAGCUUCUUUUCUUCCUAACCGUUGUUAGCUGCUGUGCACAGGAACAACAACCAUGUCCACUCGCUUCUCCGUCUACUCCAGCCAUUCAGCUGGCUUAUCGACCUCACGGCCAGGUGCACACUCUCCGAGCCCUGUAACGACAACCACACUUCUAAAUGCGCUGCAUGCCUACCACAACUCGGGCCAACCUUAUCAACUCGACGCAGCAACCAGCUUGGUGGUGAACACAUGGGUGACCGCCACGCGGGCUAAUUCGAAUGGACAGGAUGGAGGCACGAUAGAUCGUGAGCUCGCGCUUCGAGCGUGGGAGCAUGCGCGACGACGAGCGGAGGAUGGUUGUAUUUUGCUUUGUUCAGCACACCAGUCGACCCCCUCCAUUCUGGAGCCGUUCCUCGCCGCCCUGCCGCUUUCGACCCCAAGUGUAACCUUCACGGCGUUGACGGCUCUUCGACCGUUCGUGUCCGCCGUAACAUCGUUCAACCCCUCGUAUUCUCUCUACUCCGCGUUGGCCGCUCGCUACUCCUUCAACCUGAAAGGGGACAUCGUAGGAUUGUCGCUGUCGCUGUCAACGUCCGGAAUCAAUGUACGCAAGGGACUUCUCGAUAUUGCUCCGGAGCCCGGCUAUCGUGCGUUUGACGUGUUCUACUACCUUCUUGCCUCGGUAUCCAGCCCCGCCGAGCGGGAGUUCUUGAACUUGAAGGACGCAUCGGAAUAUUCCCUGCUGAAAAAGUCCGGGACCUACACACCGCCAUCCUACCUUCCGACCGCGGACGAUGCCGCUGCUGCGGAGGAUUUCCGGGCCGCGCUCAAGACCAUCGGCAUCAAGGGUGCUUCUCUGCGGGGUCUACUGGCAACACUUGCGGGGUUGCUGAAGCUAGGCGACGCGGCAGGCUUGCUCGUCGAUCAGGAAGACCUAGAAGAGGCAUGCGAUGAGGUCGGCGGCCUGCUAGGCCUUGACCCGGAGAUUCUGGCCCGCAAGUGCUCUACUGAUGAACGGGAGGUGCUCAUUUCCGGAAUCUACGAGGCCUUGGUUGACUGGGUCAUCAACAAGGCGAACGAAGCCAUCUCGAGCGAGCUUCAAGCGAUGUUGGAAAGUAGCCCCAGCAUGAGUGGCGGCUCCGGGCCCGGAGGCCAAUGGACUGACGACGAUACGGUUGCCAUCACAGUGGUGGAUAUCCCUCGCCCGGCCCUGGGUAAAGCACUGGCCAUGAGAGAAGUCUUCGACGACAGCGUUGGUAUCAAUGCGGAAAUGAAGGAGGAUGGCGUCAACGUUCCUGCCGUCGGACAUGCGAUUUCUAAUGACGUGAGUGCGGCGGUCGCACAGGUCGAGCCCGACCUUGGCAUUACCACCGGAAAUGCCUGGCGCGAGCGUGAAUAUGAGGUCGCACGACGACAGGAAGUGCUGGAGAAGGUCGGCUUCGAAGUUGACGGUGACUCGUUCCUCCGACGCCUCUUGCUGCCGGUCGAAAGCGAAGGUAUCACGGUUGGUCAAAAGGGUCGCUUCGAUCUCAUCAACACCCUGGGGAGCAGCAGAGUGUGGCAUCAUAUCUCUUUGCACCCCACGGACGACCUUCCCCAGACGCUGAACCCUACCCUUCCGGCUGCCGGCUGGUCCGCGGCGGCGGUUUCCCGUCAAUUGCGCGAAUGGAGACUAGCCGAGUGGGCCAACCGGCGGCUCAAGCAGCUCGACUUCACUGCGGACUUCGAUGUAGACGAGUUCGUCAGCCGUUACCAUCGACUCGGCUGCGCCGACGGCAGAGAUGGUGUGGAGAGUUGGCUGAUGGAACGAGGAUGGGCCAAUGGCGAUGCGUUCGUCGGCCACCAGCGGAUCUGGAUGCGCGAGAGCGCCUGGUGGGAGGCUGAGACGAUGCUCGAUCUCAAACCUGACGAAUCGCCGGCAGUCAACCCGUUCAUCUAUGGUAGCACCAUGCUCGAUCCGCAUUACGGGGGCACUCCCGUUGCAGAAUCGACUAGUCUCCUGGGAAGCCGGGACGACCUGCUUCAGCGGCAAAGCACUCUAGUGCCCAGUGUUCACGGCGGCUUGGCUAAAUCCAUCGCUCCCAGUGUCCCUAAUACGCUCCACAUGAGCGGAGGUGACUACGGCCUCGGCAACAAAGGUGAUGCGAGAAAGUGGGACACCGAGGAUUAUGCCCGCUACGAAGGCGAGCUGGAUCCGGAGUUCGGCGAUGGCAAGCACAUCGAGAAGAAACAGAUCACGAAGAUGCGACGUGCCUGGGUCGCCUUUGUGUGGGCUCUGACCUUCUGGAUCCCUUCCUUUGCCCUGCGCUGGUUUGGUCGAAUGAAACGUCCUGAUGUUCGGAUGGCCUGGAGAGAAAAGUUCGUUCUUGUCUUCCUCAUCCUGCUGUUCAACGGUAUUGUCUGCUUCUAUAUUAUUGCUUUCGGCGACCUUCUGUGUCCCAACAAGAACAAAGCCUGGAACGAGAAGGAGGUCAGUUGGCAUGUGGCCGACGACGACUUCUUUGUCAGUGUUCAUGGAAACGUAUAUGACAUCAGCAAGUUCUGGCGGAUCCAACACAGUGAUAACAACUUUGACACGACCCCGUCCAAUAUGAAGCCAUUCGCCGGAGAGAUCCUGGAUCCGUACUUCCCUCCCCCGCUGACUCGGUUUUGUGGUCACUUUGUCACGGAGCAGUCCAUUCAGAUGCAAUAUAACGACACCAGCGCCAUCGAAUAUCCUAACGCGCAACACAAGUCCGGUCCAUAUGUCACACCCAGCACGACCACCGCGCUGCACAACAUCACAUGGUACGAGGAUAUCUUCCUGCCCAAGAUGAAGGGGUACUACAAAGGACCUCUGGUUUGGACCCGGGAGAAGGUCAAGGAGGAGGCCGAGUCCAGUUCGCGGUACUGGGUCAUUGUCAAUGAAAAGAUCUACGAUCUCACGGAUUAUUUCUAUACGGCCGACAUGUUCAACAACGCCGACGGUUAUGACUAUCUGCCCAGCAGUGUAACCACGCUGUUCAAGAACUAUGCCGGCACCGAUGUCACCUCGAAGUGGAAGAACACGACGGACUUCCGCAACGCCCAGACCUGCCUGGACUACGUCUUCUACAAGGGCGAGGUCGAUUUCCGCAGCAGCCCGAGAUGUACGGUAAACAACUGGAUUCUGCUGGCAUUCACGGUCAUGAUCUGUGCUGUGAUUGUGGUCAAGUUCCUUGCCGCGCUGCAGUUCGGUACCAAGCGUCGCCCCGCUCCGCAAGACAAGUUCGUUAUCUGCCUGGUCCCUGCGUAUACGGAAGGUGAGGAUGCGCUGCGUCAAGGCCUCGACUCGCUUACGGCUCUCGAAUAUGAUAACAAGCGGAAGCUCAUCUUCGUGAUCUGUGACGGUAUGAUCGUUGGUGGUGGUAAUGACCGGCCCACUCCCAAGAUCGUUUUGGAUAUUCUCGGAGUGGAUCCUAAGAUUGACCCUCCUGCCUUGCCUUGCAAGUCUAUCGGGCAGGGCAGUGAACAGUUGAACUACGGAAAGGUUUACUCUGGUCUGUACGAAUACGAGGGCAACGUGGUUCCGUACAUCGUCGUGGUGAAGGUGGGUAAAGAAUCGGAGCAAAGCAAGCCGAAACCCGGAAACCGUGGCAAGCGUGACUCGCAGAUUCUUCUGAUGCAGUUCCUGAACCGUGUGCACCACCGCUCCCCCAUGUCGCCACUCGAGCUUGAGAUCUUCCAUCAGAUCAACAACGUGAUUGGAGUUGACCCUGAGCUAUAUGAAUACUGCCUGAUGGUGGACGCCGAUACCAGUGUGCGAGAAGAUUCGUUGAAUCGACUGGUUGCAGCAUGUGCUAACGAUGCGCGGAUUGCUGGUAUCUGUGGUGAGACCAGUCUGCAGAACGAGGAGCGGAGUUGGUGGACGAUGAUUCAGGUCUACGAGUACUACAUUUCCCACCAUUUGGCCAAGGCAUUCGAAUCGCUUUUCGGCACCGUCACCUGUCUUCCGGGAUGUUUCUGCAUGUAUCGCUUGCGCACCGCCGACAAGGGCCGCCCUCUCAUUAUUGCCGAUGCGAUCAUCACCGAGUAUGCCGACAAUGAUGUGGACACGCUUCACAAGAAGAACCUUCUGUCCCUGGGAGAGGAUCGUUUCUUGACCACGCUUAUGACGAAGCAUUUCCCUCACAUGUCGUACAAGUUCAUUCCCGACGCCUAUGCUAGUACUGCCGCGCCCGAGACCUGGUCCGUCCUUCUUUCCCAGCGACGUCGCUGGAUCAACUCCACCAUUCACAACCUGGUCGAAAUUGCUGCCUUGAAGGAUAUGUGCGGCUUCUGUUUGUUCAGUAUGCGGUUCGUGGUGUUGGUGGAUCUGGUUGGAACACUUAUCCUUCCGGCCACGUGUGUCUACUUGGGAUACCUGUUGUACCUGGUGGGCAGUCACACGGGCCAGUUCCCGAUCAUCUCAAUCAUUAUCUUGGCUGGUGUGUACGGUCUCCAGGCGAUUAUCUUCCUCCUCAAACGGCAGUGGCAACACAUCGGAUGGAUGAUCAUCUAUCUGUGUGCGUACCCCAUCUACAACUUCGUUCUGCCUCUGUACUCUUUCUGGAAGCAGGACGAUUUCAGUUGGGGUAACACGCGUAUCGUCAUUGGCGAGAAGGGUGACAAGAAGGUCGUUGCGGUGGAGGACGAGAAAUUCGACCCGCGCAGUAUUCCGCUGCAGCGCUGGGACGACUAUGCGCUGGCCAACAAUCUGCCCGGCCGUCGCGGCGACUAUGGCAUGAGCCAGGAGAAAUUGUACUCUGGGCGCUUUGGGGACGAGAUGGCGAUGGAAAUGGACGACAUGCACUCGCAGUACUCGUCGGUCAAGCCUGCGUCCACGAUCCUGACGGGCUUCCCGCAACAGGGCCGUCACUUGAGCCCUUACAUGCCCCCUCAGUCGCCGGCACCGUUCCUCACCACCCCCGGUAACCGGCAGUCUCAUCUGUCUAGUUUCACGCGGUACACGGAUAACCCGCAUCAGAGCAGCCACAACGUGUCGCGCCACAUGUCGAUGGGCAACCUGAGUCAGUUCCAGGACAGCGGCAUGGCGACCAACCGCCACAGCGUGGGGCUGAUGCAGAGCACGGAGAACCUGCUGGGUGGGCCACGGCCCAACUCGCGCAGUCCGGUUGGGGGGUAUUCCUCGCGGCCGAUGAGUGCGUUUGACUUCCGCGGCGGCAGCGGGCCGGAUGAGGCGUCGAUCACGGAGGCUAUUCGCAGCUGUCUGGCGGAGGUGGACUUGGACACGGUGACGAAGAAGCAGGUGCGCGCUUUGGUUGAGCAACGACUGCAAACGACGUUGACGGGCGAUAAGCGGGCCUUCCUCGACAAGCAGAUUGACCACGAGCUGGCCAACAUGUAGAUUUGGGUCUACUUCAGAUCUUACUUGUAAUUGUGCCAUCAUAUUUACCACAUACAUACAUACAUAGUUCUUUUUCUUUUCGGGCAUGCAAGGUGUUGGGUGUUUGUUUGACAUCUA